AUGUUUGCAUAUAAAGAGAAGGCACCAGAAGAUAUACCAGAGACCGAACUAAACAGAGCAGGAGUAAUUAAAUGCGGAGGAGGUGACGAUUUAUAUGGCGACAACUCUGGAACCAGCUUGUCAAUUAUUGGAGCUGAUUUCUGUGUGGUGGCUUCAGAUACUCGGCACUCGGCACCGUACAAUAUUAACACCCGGCACGCAACAAAGUCAUUCUGUCUUGACGGUAGAUUCAUUCUGAGCACAACUGGGUUUUAUGCAGACUCCAGGUUUGUCUACACUGAACUAGCAUAUCAAAUAGAUAAAUAUCAGUUUAAAUAUAACAAAAAGAUGGGUAUAGAGCAGGCUGCCGCUCUUCUCCAUGUUCUUUUGUAUAAGCACAGAUUCUUUCCCAAGUUUACAUACUGCUGCUUAGUUGGGUUCAAUGAAGAGGAGAAGCCAAAAAUAUUUUCAUAUGACCCAGUUGGUUCAUACCAGGAAACUCCGUGCAGAUGCAAUGGAUCUGGAACAACCAUGCUGCAGCCAAUGCUUGACUCAUGGAUUACUCGGAAGAACUGGCACUGUGAGGAAGGAAAGGAUUAUGUGUGCACAGAGGAAGAAGUUAUUUCUUUGGUAAAAGAUGUUUUUAACAGCGUAGCUGAAACUGAUGUAAAAACAGGAGACGGGUUAGAGGUGUACGUAAUAAAGAAGGACGGCAUCACACGAGAGGAGUAUCCACUGAGGUCUGAUUAGUACGAACAAUAAAUCAAC